CGGGCGCGAGCCCUCGUGUCCGUUGCCAUGACGCUGAAUGGAAACCACAGGAGCUGAAGAGAGUUGACGGGCUGGAGCUGUUCAAAUGAGCUGAAAUUACCCAUUCUGAGCUGAAAGCCUCACUUCCGAGCGGUUCAGGUUGAUUUAGCAGAUAUUUGUACAGGUUGUGAGUCGGUUGGCUUCAGUUUUCCUCUGCUGUGUUUCGGGCAGAGGAGGUAUGAAGGCUCACAGUAGUGAGGUCACAGUGUUUGUCCGGAUCAGACCAACGGCAAACUUUGCCAAAGACCUCAUUGAAUGUCUUCCUGACGGGCAGACAGUAAACAUCUAUCAUAAAAAAGACUGCAGGAAGCUCCAUGAUUCCAAGAAAGGUCAGCGGAGCUCCUGGUCGUUCCGGCUGCAAGGAGUCCUGCAGGAUGUGUCCCAGGAGGAAGUAUAUGCCCAAGUGUGCCAACGGGUGGUACUGGGAACACUGGACGGCUAUAAUGGUACUGUGAUGUGCUUUGGGCAGACAGGUGCAGGAAAAACGUACACCAUGACAGGAUCCACAGAAUCAUACAAGCAGCGAGGCAUCAUUCCUCGGGCCCUUCAGGAGGUGUUUCAGGAGGUGGAGAAGAGGACUGAGCAUGCUUUCUCUGUGCACCUGUCCUACCUGGAAAUCUACAAUGAGACCCUGGUGGACCUGCUGUCUUCACUGCAAGGCUCACCACACCUGUCUCCUCGAGAUAUGGUGGUGAUGGAGGAGCCGGGCAGAGGGGUUUUCAUCAGAGGUCUGUCUCUUCAUCCAGUCCACAGCGAAGAGGAGGCCCUCAACCUGCUAUUUGAGGGAGAGAUGAAUCGCAUUAUUGGAUGUCAUACCCUGAACAGGAACUCCUCCAGGUCCCACUGUAUCUUCACUGUGCAUAUAGAGUCUCGCUCGCGGACUCUUUCUGACGCCAAGUACAUCGCCUCCAAGCUGAAUCUGGUGGAUCUGGCUGGGUCUGAGAGGCUGGGAAAGACAGGGUCAGAGGGUCAGAUGUUAAAGGAAGCCAUGUACAUCAACAAGUCUUUGUCGUUCCUGGAACAGGCCAUCCUGGCUCUGGGAGACCGUCGCAGAGACCACGUCCCCUUCAGACAAACCAAGCUAACACAUGCCCUUAAAGACUCACUGGGAGGGAACUGCAACACUGUGCUUGUGGCCAACAUCUAUGGUGAGGCUGCACAGAUAAAAGAAACACUCUCUACUCUGCGUUUUGCCAGCAGAAUGAAAUGUGUCCGGACUGACCCUGCUGUUAAUGAACACAUGGAUCCAGCAAUUCAGAUCAAGAAACUUCAGAAGGAGGUCCAGAGGCUGAAAGAGGAACUGUCCAUCUACAAUACGCUGGUGAACCGUCCAAGCAUCACAUACGAGCCGUUAUCUGAGGCCCAGCUGGCUGAAAUCCACAGCCAGGUUCAGAGUUACCUCAAUGGAAGUCUGAAGGAAAUCAGUAUUAUCAGUAUCAGGCAGGUCCAAGCAGUGUUCGCCCAGUUCAAACUUGCUGUGCACGAACAGGAGCAGAAGGUGAAGGCUCAGCUAUGCCAGACCUACAACUUGGUGAACCGAGACCAAACUGCUAACACAGCCACAAUCAAGACUCUUAAGGAGUUGGAUACCAGAAGCAGCACUGAGGACGUGGAGGCUAGCAGCUUUGGGGUGGCUGCCCAGUCUCCGAAAAACACCCAACGUUCAAGUUCCACCAAAGCCAAAACUAAGAAGUCCAGGGAAAAACAGAGCCAAAACAAGAGACAGGGAGAAGGGAGUCCGGUUUCAAGGAAGCGUGUGGAGAGUGCGUCCAAAACGAAGCCGAACCCCGUCCAGACGCCCGAGAAAGAGCAGGAGUCACAAGAAGCAGACACUGAGAGCCAAGACACACAGGAGUCACAACCACCAGCCAAUGAACCAUUGCAAACAGACUCUCCUCCAUCCAAAGCAGAGGCCUUUGAGGAUUUUAAGAUUGGACAAGGCAGCCACAUCAACUGUAUCCUUAAGGAGAACAAGGCCAUGCUGCUGGAACGCCGCAGUCUUCUUCGACAGCUCACUGAGGAGGUCAACACUGUCAAAAGAGAGAUCGAUUGCACCACGGCAACCAUACAGCAGCAAAAGUAUAUGACAGGAGGCCAAGGUCAGUAUUUCAGUAUGGAGGGGGAGCCAGAUGCCACUUUAUUGUUGCAGCUCAGAGAGCUGAAGGCUCACUACCGGCAGAGAUACAAGGCACUGCGCGACAUCAAGGCAGAGGUCAACUACUGCCAACACCUUGUGGACCAGUGUAGGCUGCGCCUUCUCUCUGAAUUUGAGAACUGGUAUAAGAAGUCUUUCCUGUUAACUGAGGAGGAGCUGAACGUAAAUUUGGACAAGACUGAGGCACAAGAAGAGGAUGGCCAGCAGUGUUUGGAGCGGCUGCAGUUUGAGCUUCUGGCAGAAGACCCCAGCGCUGAGUCUUUCUGCAACGCCCGCUACAGGACACAGAAACGGAGGAAUAGCAGAGCGCUGUCCUUUACUCCAGUGCAGAGGAACACGUCCGCUGGGCCCGGACAGAGACGGCUCCCUCCUAUUCUACCUGUUACCUAAGAGAACAGGCGAGUUGCCUCCUCUCGCUCCAAGCGCAUACGCUCCUUCACCAAGAAAGGAAGGAGAGGAGGAGGAGGAGGAGAGUACAGAAGGGAAGACACCCAACCACACAGCCACACAGUAAAUGCGAUGAAGUGAAAUGAGACGGUGGAGGAGUGACAGUGUUACAGAGGGUGAAGUAAGAGAUAAAAUAACAGUGGAAGAGUGGUAUGGAGAUGAUGGGAUGAUUGGAUGAUUUCAUAUCACACCAAACACACCAAAAGUAAAGGAGAGAUGAGAGAAAAACAGAAGGGAAAGAAAGGAUAGAAUCCGCACACAUUAAAAAGUACUCUAUUCAUUAGCUAUGGGAGCAGAAAAAGCAUGCAAGGUGGGACAUUACAGGAAUAGUUCUGUCAAACACAAUAACCACACAGGGUGCAGACGAGAAGCUUCAUUCACCCGAUAAAAGACGGACCUGAGCAAAGCUCCACCCUGCUGUCUGAAGCACCCGUGUUUGGUAUUUUUCUGAGCUAUGAUGGAGCAAAAGUCUAAUUCUCUUGCCUCGCUGUAUUGCCAUCUAUCUGCUGAUCUGACAUACAAUUCUACCUCUAGAUUCCCAAAAACAGUAAUGGAUUUUCAGUUU